UGCCCGCGGCGCGGUCGAGCCCACAGACAGGGUGGGGUGUGCCCACGACCGCACACCCGGAGGUUCGUACAGAUCUCCCUACAAAUAGGGAGACGUUCGCCAGUCCUCGCUGGAGGGGGCCUGGUACUUUCGUUCCAAAGCUCGGGUUUCCUCGGGGAGCAGAAUUGCUAGGCGCACCGAGUGCGUGGCCUUUAGUCUUCCCCGUUCCCUCCGAGGGCCGGAAGGGUUAAAUCCCUGGGUCCCGGCAUCUCCGGAGCAGGUGAGACGGGGAGGUCUGAGCAGACGGGUUCGGGCCCCGCCGUGGGAGAGUUGCAGCGGAAGGAGAUCGUUGUCGAGACCGCGGGAGCGGCCUUGUGGGCCGGAAGAGUUAUAAUUAUCAAGUAUGUUUCCAUUGACUGAAGAAAACAAACUUGUGGCCCACUUGUUGCUCAGUUCUGGAACCUGUCCAAGAUGUAUCUUCAGAUUCUGUGGUGUGGAUUUUCAUGCACCUUACAAACUUCCAUACAAGGAGUUGCUUAGUGAUCUACAGAAAUUUCUGGAGUCUGGAAAAGAUGAAUUGGUUUUGGAAGUUCCAAACCCACCUCCCAAGAAAAUUCGGCUACAAGAACUGGAAGAUGGGGUUGAUAAUUUAAUUCGAAAUGGAGAAGGCAAUAUCUCUUAUAUUGAAGAUGGAAGCAUUGCUUCCAAGAACUCAAAUUUUAGUGUAUGCAAUGUUUGCCUUGGAAUUCUCCAAGAAUUCUGUGAAAAAGAGUUCAUUAUGAAGGUAUGCCAAAAGGUUGAAGCUUCUGGGUUUGAAUUCAACAACCUGGUAUUUUCCGUAUCCUUUCCACCACAGCUGUCUGUAAGAGAGCAUGCUGCAUGGUUGCUGGUCAAACAGGAAAUGGGAAAGCAGAGUCUGUCGCUGGGAAGAACUGAUAUAGUUCAGCUAAAAGAAGCCUACAAAUGGAUAACUCACCCCCUGUUUUCAGAGGAACUGGGCGUUCCAAUUGAUGGAAAGAGCUUGUUUGAAGUGAGUGUGGUCUUCGCUCACCCAGAAACAGUUGAGGACUGCCACUUCCUUGGUACAAUUUGCCCAGAUUGUUUCAAGCCAGCCAAAAACAAACAGUCGGUAUUCACUAGAAUGGCAGUUAUGAAAGCUUUGAAUAAGAUAACAGAAGAAGAUUUCCGAAAGCAGUUUCCUUGUCCUCCGGAGUCACCAAAGACUAUGUGCACUGUUCUUGAGAUUGAAUGUGCUCAUGGUGCUGUUUUUGUGGCUGGGAGAUAUAAUAAAUACUCAAGGAAUCUACCACAAACUCCCUGGAUAAUUGAUGGAGAAAGGAAGCUGGAAUCUUCAGUGGAAGAAUUAAUUUCAGAUCAUUUGUUGACGGUGUUCAAAGCAGAGAGUUUUAAUUUCUCAUCCUCUGGAAGAGAAGAUGUAGAUGUGAGAACAUUAGGAAAUGGAAGGCCCUUUGCAAUUGAGCUGGUGAAUCCUCAUAGAAUACAUUUCACUUCACAAGAAAUUAAGGAGCUUCAGCAGAAAAUUAAUAAGUCAUCUGACAAAAUCCAAGUACGUGAUUUGCAGCUUGUUACAAGAGAGGCAAUAGGACAUAUGAAAGAAGGUGAAGAAGAAAAGACCAAGACCUAUAGUGCCUUAAUAUGGACAAAUAGACCAAUACAGAAGAAAGACACUGAAUUCCUAAAUGAUAUCAAGGACUUAAAGAUUGACCAGAAAACACCUCUGCGGGUCCUCCACCGAAGGCCUUUAGCUGUGCGAACUCGUGUCAUCCACUCCAUGGAGGCGCACUACAUGGAUGAGCAUCAUUUUCGCCUCUACCUGAAGACUCAAGCUGGAACCUAUAUUAAAGAGUUUGUGCACGGAGAUUUUGGGAGGACCAAACCAAACAUUGGCUCUCUGAUGAAUGUGACUGCAGACAUUCUUGAGCUGGAUGUGGAGUCUGUAGAUGUUGACUGGCCACCUGCUCUGGAUGAUUGACUUAAUUUUGAACACGACAAAGAGAUUUCCUGUCAUAAUGUGGACAUCCUGGAAAAUGGCUGUUGACCCUCCAUAACGGUGUCUUGGAAACCAUUUAGAUCAUGUUGAUCUGUUUUAAAAUCUGUUAUAACAUCUCAGGAUUUACAUAUAUGUAUAUUUUGUGUUGAAUUGUUCUAAGAAUGUCUUAAAAUUUUUCUCAUUCUCUCUCCCACAAAUCAAACUAUGAGUAAUGAAACCAUUUCCUCUUAAUUCACUCAAAGAGGUACUCACAAAAUACUCUGUUGAUCUCAGAAAUUGUAAUUUCUCUCAGCAAGAUUUCUUCCACAGGAGAUAUACUACCUUUAAAAAUCAUGUUCCAAAAAAUUUUAAAUUACCUGAAUUAAAGUUACCAUCAGAUUUAUGAAACAUAAUCUAUAAUAUUCUGAAAUACAAAGUUCAAACCUGACAUCAUUAAUUUUUUUACCUGAUAAGCUUCAAGGAAGCUGUUACCAAUGAGAGUACUUUGGGGUAUAAUCUGUCACAAAUCUUAAUAACUUCAGGUUACUAUUUUGGUAUGCUAAAAUGGUCUGUACAUUUCUCCUGUGGAGAGAAAGUGAACCUUAGGAAUUGAGGAGUACCUUGCUAAGAGAUAGUCAUAAAUCUCUUAAAUAAGGAAAACAAGUGCCUUUGAUAACUUUUGUCUCAGAGUUGAGAAUUUGAGAUACUAAACAAAGAGAAAUUGGAAUCAUUUUGAAGUGGAAA